AGAGAUACAGAGACACAAAAAAGACAGGAAAAGACAGACAAGAGACAUUGCAGAAGGGAUGUCUGAAUCUCAGCCUUCUGUUAUUCAAGAGUGCAGUCCUCUUCCCCCUCUCCUGUACCCCUCCCUCGAUCAUCCUUCUCUCCCGGUUACCACCUUGGCUUUGAACCCUGACUCUUGUACCCCAGUACUCAACCCGUCAGCUAGUCAAAUGCCACGGACUAGUGGGGCAGUGUACAGCCACCCAAUGGGCAUCCAAGGAUCUGUGAGGUCUGGGACUGACAGAAUGGCAGAUCAGAUCAUGGGAUACCUACCCUAUUCCCCUUGUAUAACUACUCCCACCACAGGUAGACAUGGGCAACAGAAUCAUAUGUUACACCAGGAGUUCAGCUCCUUCCUCCCUCCUCCCCCUCCUGCUCUCCUGAGACAGCCUGUGCAGAAGAAGAAUGUGAGCAAAGACAGCAUAGAGUACCGCCUGCGCCGCGAGAGGAACAACAUGGCAGUGAGGAAGAGUCGAGACAAAGCCAAACGCCGCAUACAAGUCACCCAUCAGAGGGCGAUGCAGCUGCAGGAGGAGAACCACAGGCUACAGAAGCUGAUUGGGCAACUCACACAGGAACUGGACACUCUGAAGCUCAUCCUAUCACAGCGCCAUCCUCGACAAAGGGAUGACAAAGUUGCUAGGGAGGAGGGUUGUUGAAGGAGAUGGAGGAUGAGAAAGAAAGGACAAAAAUUAAUUUCAAAUUUGGGAGCGUUUGACUUUUGAAAGAGGUGUCAGUGGCUGUUCUGACUGUAAAAGUAGAAAAGGUUUUUCAUUUUCUUUGCAGUUUACCAGGCUUCUUGUGAAGAGUUGCAGAUUUCAUCAUACCGACAAUGAAAACAGGACAUGAUAGAUCAAUGGGUGUUGCAAUUGUGCCAUGAUAGUUUCCGACCACAAUGAGUAAACCAGAAACAACGCAACUGCAUGCAAUUAAAUAAAAUAAAAACAUUAUGCAGCAUUGAGGUGUCUUGAGAAGGUAAACAUAAUGUUGUAAAUAUGGUGCUUAUUAUCCACAAUAGACUCAGCUACAUAUUAUGAAAAGGGUACAGUUGGCUGCAGCUGAUCACAAUCUUUACUACUGUUGUUCAUCUGCUGACAAAGAAAAAAUUAUAAAAUGUGAAUGUGCGUGAUUCUACAGAUUACAUUUAACAACAAGAGUUUCUGAGUCUACAGCCUGUCUAUCAAAUCUCUAUAAAAAUGUAAUUUCUAUUUAUUCUUUCCAUCUCCUUUCAAUGUUU